AGACUGCAAUGAGCUGAGAUCGCGCCACUGCACCCCUGUCUGGGUGACAGCGAGACCCCAUCUCCAAAAUAAUGAUAAUGAUAACUACCAUUUUUGAGUACCAUGUGCUAGACGCUUUUCCUGUAUUAUCUCAUUACUGCAGCCAUAUAAGAUGCAGUCUGGCACCGUUUUAUUUCAGUUAGUGCUGAGACUCGGAUAUGUUAAGUAACUUUUCCAAGGCAAGAGGUAGUCACAGGCCGAGGAAUGAUUCAAAUUUAAGUCUAGCCCCAAAGCACCAGCCCAGUGUGGUCUUCACAGUUCUCGCCCCAUAGGACCUAAUUACAGGCAACAGUCGCCACAGACAAUCAACAAAUAGUUAAUGCACAUUUCUUUAGUGAUGCCUUAACUGUUAGGGCCUGCUAGGAUUGUUAGAAAACCAGGGCUGAGUGUGGGAAAGUGCAACAUCUGGGGAACUGGAAGAGCAAACAGGGUAAUUGAUAUUGAGCAGGACAAGGGAACUGAAACUGAUCAGUUUCCAGGUUAGGAGGCUGCCCAGAGUUAUUGGUGACUGUCACAAAACAGUCACCCCUUAACUCGAAACGCGAAAAUAAAAGAGCCUCGGUUCAGCUUUAGAUCCUGAAUUUGACUUCUUUGCAGGUUUAUACGAUGGUGUUAGUGUCAUGUGGGAUAAUUGUGAGGAUUUUGAUUUAAUUUAGUUCUCCGAAAAUUUUGGAAAACCAGUACGGCUUGCUAAUUUUUACAUGGCAGAGGAGGCUAAACUUUACCUCUGCCCAUCUUAGUUCGGAGUGACACCUUUAGCAAAAGAAAACUUAACAAGAAAAAAGUUUAUUAAUGCACAGAGUGCACAUCACAAGGGUUAAACCUCAAUGAAAGAUAACUUGAAAUGGUGGCUUAGAACUACGUUUGUAUACCAUCUUCAACAAAGAACUAUAGAUUUGCAGAGAAAUGACACAGUAAAACAGUUUUAGGCUUCAAAGGGCAGGAAACUGGGAAGGUAGAUACAUGUUUGGAAACUAAAGGAGUAAGAAUUGUCUGUAGAUUCCUCUGGUGCCUUCUCUGGUCUGUUAAGAGUCUAAAGUUACCUCCAGUAAAGAAUUUAUAUCCUGUCUUUGGGCGGAAGAGGGGGAGGAUAGAGAGAACUUUUCCUUCAUUUGCUGCCUCUUGUCUUCAUCUCAGAUUUUUUUUUUAUAUCAAAGAGGUGUGUUUUGUGAUGACGUUGUGGUUUUCUUCAGCACCGUUUAGGGAGUCAGAGGGAUUCGGGUUUCUUUUUCUUUUUUUUUUUUUUUUUUUUUUGCUUCUUUUUCAUAUGCCUUGAUGUCUGCUUUUCCAUUCCCCAUUUAAAAAAUUGCUUAUUUUGAUAACUCUGGGAUAGUGAAGGAAUGCUCAGAGGAAUAAUGCCCUGUUCAUAAAACACACUGAGCUUCCGUGAACUCGUAUCUUUUUUUGUUUUUUGUUUUGUUUUGUUUUUAAAAGUAAAGUGAAAGCAAGUUUAAGAAAAGGAAUGGAGUGGCUACCGCAUAGAGCAGUCUGCAAAUAUUAUGAUUGAUCAUUUUAACUCUUUAAACCUUUCUCAUAUUUGAGAGCAUUUAUGUACAUAUCUUUAAUAUUUAAUCAUAAUGUUGUAAUAAUACAGCUCUCAUGAUAUCCAGAAAGCAUGUUAAUAGUAACUACACCUGAGUUCAUUCAGUUCUUAAGAGAGUUUUCUUGUGACUUAAAUAUAUAAUACUCUGCUUUUCUUUCUGUUAAUCAGUGCCUUUGUUUUUUUUUUAGGUAUUAAUAGGGUCCCCUAUUACCACAUGUCUUUCUCCCCCGGUAUAUGAUAUAAUUUGUAAUCUUGGGUUUGAACUCAGAGAAAAUUGUGACAUCAAUAACAUUGUAACUCAGAAUGGUGAGGUAUGCUGGAAAACAAUCACAGACUGUGUGAGCUACACAGAGUCAGUUAUUUCCUGAAAUAUUUGAAGCCUUGAAAAGUCUACAAUCUCCUGCUAUUUCUCUUAGCUUAAUGAAACUGACAUCAUGUCUAGAACGAGCCUUGGGUGAUGUAUUUUUACUGAUUGGGAAGGAAUGUCCCUUUCUUUUAAGAGAUCUACUUGCAUCUGAAGAGCUUGCUCAAAUCUUUGGGCAGUCUGUGAUGAAUGUGCUAAAAGUCUUCGUUGGCUCUCCAUGUGGUCUCAACCUGCGUAAUAUCUUAUGGCAUGGGUUUGCAUCACCUGAAGAAAUUCCUCCAAAAUACUGUUCAAUGAUGAUACUGUUGACAGUAGGAUUGGGUCAGUUACUGAAGAGUUACCUUCAAAACACUAAACUUACAUUGACACAUCGCUCUUUCAUAACUCUUAAAAACCUAGAGGAUUUGGUUAUUUUUCCUGAUGUUACUUAUGAGGUGCUUUCAGUAUUAGAAGAAGUGAUGACAAAAUCUGCUUUUAUAUUAAAAAUCAUGUUACCAUAUUGGGAAGUUGCACUGAUCAAGUUCAGGUCACAAAGGUUUGCUGACUGUGCCAUAUUGUUGCUGGCACAACUAGAGACUGGACUUAGGAAUGUUUUUGCCACACUUAACAGAUGUCCAAAAAGACUCCUGACUGCUGAGUCAACAGCUCUUUAUACCACCUUUGAUGAAAUAUUGGCAAAACACUUGAAUGAUGGUGAAAUCAAUCAGCUUCCUCUUUUCCUUGGAGAGCCUGCUAUGGAAUUUCUCUGGGAUUUCCUGAACCAUCAGGAGGGUCCCCGCUUAAGAGAUCAUUUAAGCCACGGGGAGAUCAACUUACACGAAUUUUCAAAAGAAACAACUAAUCAGUUGCUUGCAUUUUCUGUUGUACUGUUACUCAAAUUUGUUGAUGAAGGUCUGCUAUCAGUUUUUAAGGAAAAAGCAGUAGUGGAAUUGUUGAUUCAUCUUGCAGAAGGCUAUAGUUCUCGUUGCCAUCCGGUUUCUCAGCUUAAAAAACAGGUGCUGAGCUGUGAGGAAAGCAUCAGGGUUUGGGCUCUGUUGCCUUUCCCCGAAGAACUCACUCAGGAAGCUGUCAGAUUAGAAGAUAAUUCUGAAACAAAUGCCUGCCACUCUUUAAUUACAAAAAUUAUGGAUGAACUGUAUCACCAUAUGCCUGAGAAUCAUUGUGUUUUAAAGGACUUGGAUAGUCUUCCUACUGAGAUGUGGCCCAGCUCACAGCUGCUCUGUGAGCUCUGCAACACACCCGUCCCCACACUAUUCUGCCCCAGGAUUGUGCUGGAAGUGCUGGUUGUGCUCCGAAGCAUCAGCAAACAGUGCCACCACGUGUCCAGCCAGGUCACUGCCGCCUCAGAACUGAGACACACACAGUGGGUGGAAAGGACUCUGCGGUCUCGCCAGCGGCUGAACUACCUGCGCAUGCGGAGUAGUAUCAGACUUCUGUCCCCUGUGCUCAGCCUGGUUCUGUUACUCAUUGUGCUGGAAUUGGUCAACAUUCAUGCUGUUUGUGGAAAGAAUACGCAGGAGUAUCAGCAGUACCUAAAGUUUGUAAAGUCGAUCUUGCAAUACACAGAGAACCUGGUGGCUUACACCAGCUGCGAAAAGAACAAGUGGAAUGAAGCUAUCCAUCUUACACAUACAGCUUUGGUGAAAAUUUGGACUUUUAGUGAAAAGAAACAAAUGUUGAUACAUUUAGCCAAGAAAUCCACAAGUAAAGUCCUCUUAUGAAAAC